GACCGCUCACUGCUCUGAUAUAAAUAGCCGCAAUCGCGAUAUUUUAUUGUCAUUCAGUUUUGGCAACAGUUCCGAACAUUAUAAUUUCCGGCUAAAAACUUAUCUAAAAAUUAAAGCUUAAUCUCAACUUAAGUUAAUUUUUUAUUGUCAAAAAAAAAAAAAAUAAUAAUAAUAAAUCCGAUAUGUACUCGCGCGUAAUGUGUUUGGCUUCGAUUGCCCUAUUUGCCAUUUUGGCAAAUGCUGUUGUAAAUGCUGGUGUCGCUAGAGAUAGCAAUAACCUAACACAGCAAGAAGUACGUGACAUUACGGUUGUCAAGGAUAUCGCUGAAUUCAAGAAGAACCAUCCAGGUUUGGUUUUGGCGCGUAUGACAAAGGAGGAAAGCAAUGCGAGGAGCCAAUCGGUGCGCUACAGUCUAGGCGGUCGUGUGUCAGGUGAUCGUUUGGUUGCACAGGCAGCCGAUGUUUUCACUUAUCAGGUCGCGAAGGAUGUAACCAUUCAACUGACCUACCCUCAAUCGGGCGCUGGCAGCAUCGUUACUUAUGUGGAAAUCGUUUGCAACCAGGAUAAUAAUGAAGGCAAUGCUUAUGUAGUGGCUGGUGGCAUUGGUCAACGCUUUAUCUCUAUUGUUUUGGAAGCAACGCAGACGGAAGGAUUCUCAUACAAUGCACAAUACUAUGGAUCAGGUUAAAGAAUGAAUUCACAAUGAAAUCUCAAGUACCUGUUUGAAGAAAUUUGCAGUAUAAGUACUUUAAUGCAUUUUUUUUAUUAAUUACAUUUGAGAAAGAAAUACUA